UGAGUCUCUAAAAACUUCUUACUCCCCUUAUCGCCGAAUCAAAUCUGAAUCAAGGACUCUCCAACCUUUCUUAAUAAAAAAAGGCAAAACUUACAGAAGAAUGCCUAGAGAUCCCAAAAUAAACUAAUACCUACCCCCUCAUUUUCGGUCUUUAAAAGUUAAAACGAUAGAAUCCCACAUUAACCCAAUACCAAGACUUCUUGUAUUUGUGUGCGGGUUCAAUGGCUUCUAAGCAAGAGAAGAAGUUACAUGUAGUGUGCAUACCAGUCCCAUUACAAGGCCACAUUAACCCAAUGCUAAAACUUGCCAAAAUCCUACAUUCCAAAGGCUUCCUUAUCACCUUCGUCAACACCGAAUUCAACCACCAACGUCUCCUUCGAUCUCAAGGCUAUGAAGCCUUACUCGGCCUCCCUUCGUUUCGUUUUGAAACCAUUCCUGAUGGCCUUCCACCACCCGAAAACAACGAUGCCUCUCAAGAUAUCCCAUCUCUAGCUAAGUCUGUUGAUGAAACUUGUUCUGGCCCUUUUAAAAAUCUUCUCAUCAAAGUGAAUAGUUCUCAUGAACCGGUCACUUGCAUAGUGUCUGAUACGCUUACGGGUUUCACAUUAGAUGUUGCAAUAGAAUUGGGUAUUCCAGAAAUACUUCUUUGGACUAGUGGUGCUGGUUCCUUUAUUUGUUACAAUCAAUAUCCUAAUCUUCUAGAAAAGGGUCUAAUGCCCCUCAAAGAUGUGAGUUACUUGGCAAAUGGUUACCUAGAUACAGUGAUAGAUGGUGUACCCACCAUGUCUGGUAUACGUUUAAAAGAUAUUCCACCUUUUGUAAGAAUUCUCUUUCCCGGUGAUGAGUACAUGGUGAAAUUUAUGUGUAAACAACUAGAGAGGGCAAAACGAGCUUCCGCCAUCAUUUUCAACACUUUUGAUGAUCUAGACCGUGAGGUUUUGGACACGCUCUCUUUAACGUAUCCUCCUUGUUAUGGCAUUGGGCCGUUACAUUUACUUGAGAAAAAUAUUGCUGAUGAAUCUCUUGCAUUUAUAAAAUCAAACCUUUGGAAAGAAGAAUCUGAAUGCUUGAAAUGGCUAGACUCAAAAGCGACAUCAUCAGUUAUUUACGUGAACUUUGGUAGCAUUACCGUCAUAACACCUCAACAAAUGGUCGAGUUUUGUUGGGGACUAGCAAAGAGCAAUUACUCUUUCUUGUGGAUAAUACGUCCAGACCUUGUGAUAGGUGACUCUGCUAUGCUCCCGACAGAGUUUCUAGAAGAGACAAAGGAUAGAGGGUUGUUAGUUGGAUGGUGUCCUCAAGAAAAAGUACUAAAUCACGGGUCAAUUGGAGGGUUUUUAACGCAUAGUGGAUGGAAUUCUACAAUCGAAAGCAUUUCUAAUGGAGUUCCAAUGAUUUGUUGGCCUUUUUUCGCCGACCAACAACCUAAUUGUUGGUGGACUUGCAACAAGUGGGGUAUUGCCAUGGAGAUUGACAACAAUGUAACGAGUGAUGGAGUUGCGAAGCUAGUGGUUGAGUUGAUGAAUGGAGAAAAGGGGAAAGCAAUGAAGAAAAAUGCCAUUGACUUGAAGAACAAGGCUGAGGAGGCAUGUACAUUACCUUCAGGUUCAUCUAUGGCUAAUUUGGAGAAACUAAUUCAGUUGAUGCAAGCAUUUUCCAAAUAAUUUAUCAUCCAUUGUGUAUGUAUGUCAUUUGCUUAUCAUACUCGACUUGAUUCUCAGAAAAUGUAUUUUACUUACUUUGCAACAAUAAGCCACGUACGAAACUAUUGUUUACCCAUUGAUUGUAAACUAAUAAGAGAUCAUAACUCUAUCUGUUUAUUUA